GGAGACAGGCAGUGAGGCAGCGUCUGGGACAGAGAGAGCAAGCAGAGAGAGACAAAGGAAGGCAGAGGAAAGAGAGGAUAGGAAGAAGAGAGAGCAGCAUCAAAACUCAUAGGCACUGGCAUUCUGUCUUGGCAUACUGUGCUGCUCCCUUACUUUUACCUGCUCCCCCUGGCACCUUUAUUUUCAAUCCUGCUGCCCCCUAAUACUUGUCUUUCCAUAUCUUUCUCACCCUGCAUGCCCUACAUUCCUCUGCACACACUAUUCAUGCUGAGAGCCCUGUUGCCCUCUGUAACGUGCUACCCAUCUGUUUCCUAUUCCCCCUUGAUUAGUCUGCACCCCCUCCACUCUCCCGUGUCCUGCUUUGCCCUCCUGCAGCAUUGACUCUCCCCCCCCUCCUCCUUCCGAACGUUCUACAUAUCGUGCUACUGACUAGUGAAGACAGUAUGGCUAUAGUGUAGCAACUUUUUAUAACAAGUCUCAGGAUGGUGCAGCACAAGACGGUGGUGGGCAACCAAAAAACUCCAGAUGCUGCCCCAGGGGGGCCCAGUUGGUGUAAGACCCCCAGUGGUCACAUAAAACGUCCAAUGAAUGCCUUCAUGGUGUGGUCUCAGAUUGAAAGACGGAAGCUGAUGUCUCUGUGUCCCAACAUGCACAACGCCGACAUCUCUCGCAGUCUUGGCCAGCGCUGGAAGUUACUAGAGGACACUGACAAAAUUCCAUACGUCCGUGAAGCUGAGCGUCUGAGGCUCAAACACAUGGCUGACUAUCCAAACUACAAAUACCGUCCACGCCGACGCACACGGGACCCAACUGGCAGAACUCGUACCAGGCUGCCCCGUACCACGUCUAGGUGCCAGCCUGCUCGCACGCCAUGCCAAUCGGAAGUGAAUUUGGGAUCCGGCAUGCACUGGGGAGAGGACAACCCCGGGUGGGGGGGGCACAAAGUUGUCCAAUCAGAAGAGACGCAGGUUCGGGAGUCAUCAGCACGCAGCCCAGAGUUGCCCCCCUACUCGUCUGCCCAGCCUACCCAUGCCCAUUCGUUACCAUCCUCCCCAGAGCCGGUCAAAGAAGACGAAGGUUUGGAGGAAAAGCUGCCAGGACUUUGCGUCCCCUUGGACAGGGAGUUACUGCCCCAUACUGGAUCUCAUUUCGAGUUUCCUGAUCACUGCACACCUGAGGUGGUGGAGAUGAUCUCUGGUAACGGUCUGCUGGACAGCGUGUCUGAUCUCGUCUUCUCCUACUGACCUAUCGAGAGAUCUCCAAACCUCCGGCAGCAGGUAACACUCUGUGGAACUGCCCACAUUCCCCACCAACUAAAGACAUGGUUGGUGUCACGAAGCCUUUUUUCUCUGCAGUCACUACGAGCCAACUUUGCUGUCUAUUUGAGAUACUUACUGUGUCUCAGAAGAUUCUGAUGUUCCUCAGGGUGCUGUCUCUUUUCGGAUGCUGUCUCUCUGAGCACUCUCACUUCUGUUCCUCAAGGUGCAAUUUGCUGUCUUUAACUCUUGCUGUCUCUUCGAACCCUUUCGGAAUGCUGUGUCGUGCACUCUCCUUGCAAUUCCAGUUCUGGCUGUCAAAUCAGAGUGCUCUUCUACUCUAUAGCUAACCAGGGCACUCUCUCUUGUGCUGAUUGUCUGUCUUAUUCUUCAACUCACUCGUCUCUUUGGCACACAGACAGACAGACACAUGCCAUCACACAUACUGCAUGUCCAUGGUAUGUCUGUUAGAGAACCUCGCCCCAAAUCCCAAAUUUAUAGGGGCCAAUUGUGAUCCCUGGAGUCCAUCCGUAGAGAGAAAGCUCCAAUCCAGGUUCACAAGAGGCAGGUAAGAUCCACAAAAAUAUGUAUACAUGUGUGUGUGUGUGUGUGUGUGAUAUGAACAUACAAAUUUUAUACACACACACACACAAACAUAUAUAUCUGUGUCUUAUGUACAUGUGUGCAUGUCUGACUGUAUGUGCCUGUGCCAGUCUACUGCAAUAUAUAUACGCAGCUAUAAAUAUCCCAGCCCCUUAUGUAAUCCCAAACGUCAACCCCUCCCCUCCCCUUCUCUAAAAAGAAUCCUCAGGACAAACUGUUAUUUUUCUGUAUACACUGUAACCUCAGGACUGAACCUCAGGAUCCCCCUUAAUAUUUCAGGGGCCACGAAACCUUCAAUAAACCUCAGGAGAAGACCCUCCAGCUUCCCCUUCCUCCACCACCACUGUCUAUCCUCAGGAGCUCUCAGGAAGUCUAAAUGACCUCAAAUACCCCCAUAUAGAAGGGAUUGGAUAAGCCACUAUUCCACACCACUGAACCUCAUCACUGUCUGUAUAUGCUAAGCUCUGUCUGGCUUUGUGUCUCUCACCAGCUCACGUGUUACUCUAUAUAUAUAUAUAUAUAUAUAUAU